GGAUGAGGGAGAGAACAGACCACAGUCUGGCAGGCUGCGCAGUGGGCAUGCGCAGUGCAGAUAUUUUGGUGAUAGAUUCAAGUGAGGCGUCCAUCGCAGCACUUGUCCUAACUAUAUAAUAUUCCUAUGUUAAUGAGUCACUAAAGAGUUUGUCGUGCUUCUGCGUAGGUCGGUGUCCAGUUCGUGUCGUAGAGGGUGCUAACAGUGAGAAGUGCUGAUCUGCACGAUGAGGAUCUAGCUGCGGUCCGUCCAUCGUAGGCGGGAGAAGCGGCGGUCAGGAAGGAGCCCCACUCAGAGGCAGCAGCACUCCGUGCCUGCGGUGCGGCGCCCAACACAAAAAUACAUGCCCGCAUCUCAGGGUGGCAGCUCGUAACAGACAGGCUCGCCUUACGUCGGGGGCGCUCGGUGAUUAGGACCUGACUGCUGACGGAUUCACUGACGAAAACAAACACAAAAAACAAACACCAGGUGGCCACGUUGCUCUGGUAAAUCCCAGGUAACAUGUCUCAUCGGAGUGGGCAAGAAGACCCGGAGCGGUACCUGUUUGUGGACCGUGCCGUUGUGUACAACCCGGCUACACAGGCAGACUGGACAGCCAAGAAGCUGGUGUGGGUCCCCUCAGAGCGCCAUGGCUUCGAGGCGGCCAGUAUCCGAGAGGAGCGUGGUGAGGAGGUGGUCGUGGAACUGGCAGAGAAUGGCAAGAAGGUGGUGAUCAACAAGGACGACAUCCAGAAGAUGAACCCACCCAAGUUCAGCAAGGUGGAAGACAUGGCGGAGCUCACCUGUCUGAACGAGGCGUCCGUGCUGCACAACCUGAAGGACCGCUACUACUCCGGACUCAUCUAUACCUAUUCCGGCCUUUUCUGUGUGGUCAUCAACCCCUACAAGAACCUGCCCAUCUAUUCAGAGAACAUCAUUGAGAUGUACAGAGGGAAGAAGAGGCAUGAGAUGCCACCGCACAUUUAUGCCAUCUCUGAGUCAGCGUACCGCUGCAUGCUACAAGAUCGUGAGGACCAAUCAAUCCUUUGCACAGGUGAAUCAGGAGCUGGCAAGACUGAGAACACAAAAAAGGUCAUCCAGUAUCUGGCACAUGUUGCCUCUUCGCAUAAAGGACGCAAGGACCACAACAUUCCUGGGGAACUGGAACGGCAGCUCUUGCAAGCCAACCCCAUCCUUGAAUCUUUUGGCAAUGCCAAGACAGUGAAAAAUGACAACUCGUCUCGCUUUGGAAAGUUCAUCAGAAUCAACUUUGACGUCACAGGAUACAUCGUUGGGGCCAACAUUGAAACCUAUCUUCUGGAGAAGUCUAGAGCCAUCCGACAGGCAAAAGACGAGAGGACUUUUCACAUUUUCUACCGCCUGCUGGCAGGAGCUGGAGAGCAUCUUCGAACGGACCUGCUUCUGGAGGGUUUUAACAACUACCGUUUCUUGUCAAACGGCAACAUUCCCAUCCCGGGCCAACAAGACAAGGAGAAUUUCCAGGAGACGAUGGACGCCAUGCACAUCAUGGGAUUCUCUCACGAUGAGAUCGUCUGUAUGCUGAAGGUGGUCUCUGCGGUGCUGCAAUUUGGAAACGUUGUCUUCAAAAAGGAGAGGAACACUGAUCAAGCCUCCAUGCCUGAGAACACAGCGGCUCAGAAGCUCUGCCACCUGCUUGGCAUGAACGUUAUGGAGUUCACCCGAGCUAUCCUCACCCCACGGAUCAAAGUAGGACGAGAUUAUGUGCAAAAGGCACAGACCAAAGAACAGGCUGACUUUGCUGUUGAAGCCCUGGCCAAGGCGACAUAUGAGCGUCUGUUCCGCUGGCUGGUCCACCGCAUCAACAAGGCCCUGGACCGGACCAAACGGCAGGGGGCCUCUUUCAUUGGCAUCCUGGACAUUGCUGGCUUUGAGAUAUUUGAGUUGAACUCAUUCGAGCAGCUGUGCAUCAACUACACCAACGAGAAGCUGCAGCAGCUCUUCAACCACACCAUGUUCAUCCUGGAGCAGGAGGAGUACCAGAGGGAGGGCAUCGAGUGGAGCUUCAUCGACUUCGGCCUCGACCUGCAGCCCUGCAUCGACCUCAUCGAGAGGCCGAAUAACCCCCCAGGAAUCCUCGCUUUGCUUGAUGAGGAGUGCUGGUUUCCCAAGGCCACAGACAAGACGUUUGUAGAUAAAGUCCUGCAGGAGCUGGGUACACACUCCAAGUUUCAGAAACCACGCCAACUCAAGGACAAAGCUGACUUCUGCAUCAUUCACUACGCAGGGAAGGUGGACUAUAAAGCUGAUGAAUGGCUGAUGAAGAACAUGGAUCCUCUGAAUGAUAAUGUAGCCACGCUGCUUCACCAGUCCACUGAUAAAUUUGUGGCUGAGCUCUGGAAAGACGUUGACCGGAUCGUGGGUCUGGACCAAGUCGCAGGCAUGAACGAGACGGCGUUUGGAGCUGCCUACAAGACUAAGAAAGGCAUGUUCCGCACUGUCGGACAGCUGUACAAGGAGCAAUUGUCUAAACUGAUGGCCACACUCAGGAACACAAACCCCAACUUUGUCCGCUGCAUCAUCCCCAACCACGAAAAAAGAGCUGGUAAACUGGACCCCCACCUGGUUCUGGACCAGCUGAGGUGUAACGGUGUUCUGGAGGGGAUCCGAAUCUGCAGACAGGGGUUCCCCAACCGCAUCGUCUUCCAGGAGUUCAGACAGAGGUACGAGAUCCUGACUCCUAAUGCCAUUCCCAAGGGUUUCAUGGAUGGCAAGCAGGCCUGCGAGAGAAUGAUUCAGGCUCUUGAGCUGGAUGGGAAUCUCUUCCGAAUUGGUCAGAGUAAGAUCUUCUUCAGGGCUGGAGUCCUGGCCCACCUGGAGGAAGAGAGAGACCUGAAGAUCACUGACAUCAUCAUUUACUUCCAGGCCGGCUGCCGAGGAUAUCUGGCACGCAAGGCCUUUGCAAAGAAACAGCAGCAACUCAGCGCCCUGAAGGUCCUCCAGAGAAACUGUGCUGCCUACCUGAAGCUGCGUCACUGGCAGUGGUGGAGACUCUUCACUAAGGUGAAGCCCCUGCUGCAGGUGACCAGACAGGAGGAGGAGAUGCAGGCAAAAGACGAAGAGCUGGUCAAAGUGAAGGAGAAGCAGAUGAAGGUGGAGGGAGAGCUGGUGGAGAUGGAGAGAAAACAUCAGCAGCUACUGGAGGAGAAGAACAUCCUCGCAGAGCAGCUGCAGGCUGAGACAGAACUGUUUGCAGAGGCUGAGGAGAUGAGAGCUCGGCUGGCAUCCAAAAAGCAAGAGCUGGAAGAGAUCCUGCAUGACCUGGAGUCCAGGCUGGAGGAAGAGGAGGAGAGGGGUCAGGGCCUACAGAACGAGAAGAAAAAGAUGCAAUCUCACAUCCAGGACCUGGAGGAGCAGCUGGAUGAGGAGGAGGCUGCCAGGCAGAAGCUACAGCUCGAGAAAGUCACAGGUGAAGCUAAACUGAAGAAGUAUGAAGAGGACAUCUUACUUCUAGAAGAUCAGAACUCCAAGUUUCUGAAGGAAAAGAAACUCCUUGAAGACAGAAUCAAUGAGGUGACGUUGGUGCUCGCUGAAGAGGAAGAGAAGGCCAAGAACCUGGGAAAGCUCAAGAACAAGCAGGAGAUGAUGAUGGUCGACUUGGAGGAGAGACUGAAGAAGGAGGAGAAGACCCGCCAGGAGCUGGAGAAGGCGAAGAGAAAGCUGGAUGGAGAGACGUCAGACUUCCAGGACCAAAUAGCCGAGCUGCAGUCACAGAUCGAAGAAGUUAAAGUUCAGCUGAGCAAAAAGGAAGAGGAGCAGCAGAUGAUGCAGGCGAGAGGAGAAGAAGAGGCUGCCCAGAAGAACAAUGUUCUGAAGCAGGUCAGGGAGCUGCAGGCCCAGCUGUCUGAGCUGCAGGAGGACCUUGAGUCAGAAAAGCAGGCCAGGAACAAGGCUGAGAAACUCAAGAGGGAUUUGAGUGAGGAGCUUGAAGCCCUCAAGACUGAACUGGAAGACACCCUGGAUACAACUGCGGCUCAGCAGGAGCUCAGGACCAAACGUGAACAGGAGGUUGCAGAGCUGAAGAAAUCCAUUGAGGAGGAAACUAAAAACCACGAGGCUCAGAUCCAGGAGAUGCGACAGAGGCACGGUACUGCAUUGGAGGAGCUGUCUGAGCAGCUGGAGCAGGCCAAGAGGUUUAAGGCUAAUCUUGAAAAGACCAAGCAGAGCCAGGAGAGUGCCAACAAGGAGCUGGUCAGUGAGGUGAAAAGCUUACAGCAGGCAAAGGUAGAGUCUGAACACAAGAGGAAGAAGCUGGAGGGUCAGCUGCAGGAGUUCAUGGCCAGAGUCACAGAGGGAGAGAGGGCCAAAGGAGAGCUGGCUGACCGCACACACAAGCUGCAGACUGAACUGGAUAAUGUGUCUGCCUUGCUGGAGGACGCAGAGAGGAAAGGGAUCAAGACGGCCAAAGAUGUUGCUGGUUUGGAGAGCCAGCUCCAAGACACACAGGAGCUGCUCCAGGAGGAGACCCGUCAGAAACUGAACCUGAGCAGCCGCAUUCGCCAGCUUGAGGAGGAGAAAACUGCUCUGCAGGAGCAACAGGAGGAGGAUGAGGAGGCACGCAAGAAUCUGGAGAAACAGCAGCUGACCCUACAGGCUCAGCUGUCAGAGAGCAAGAAAAAGCUCGAGGAUGACGUCGGAACAAUCGAGAACCUGGAGGAGGUGAAAAAGAAACUGCAGAAGGACCUGGAGCUGGCCAGCCAACGUCUGGAGGAGAAAACGAUUGCCUUUGAGAAGAUGGAGAAGACAAAGACCCGUCUUCAGCAGGAGCUGGAUGAUCUCACUGUUGACUUGGAUCACCAGAGACAGAUUGUGUCCAGCCUGGAGAAGAAACAGAAGAAGUUUGACCAGAUGUUAGCUGAGGAGAAGAGCAUCUCAGCACGUUACGCAGAGGAGCGUGACCGUGCCGAAGCCGAGGCCAGAGAGAAGGAGACCAAAGCUCUGUCCAUGACCAGAGCUCUGGAUGAGGCCCUGGAGGCCAAAGAGGAGCUGGAGAGGAUUAAUAAGCAGCUCCGUGCUGAAAUGGAAGAUCUGAUGAGCUCAAAGGACGACGUGGGCAAGAAUGUCCACGAGUUGGAGAAGUCCAAGCGCACUCUGGAGCAGCAGCUGGAGGAGAUGAAGACUCAGCUGGAGGAGCUGGAGGAUGAGCUGCAGGCCACAGAGGAUGCCAAGCUGCGUCUAGAGGUCAACAUGCAGGCCAUGAAGGCCCAGUACGAGAGGGACCUCCAGGGCCGGGACGACCAGAACGAUGAGAAGAAAAGAGCCCUCGUCAAACAGGUGCGAGAGAUGGAGGCUGAGUUGGAGGAUGAGAGGAAGCAGAAAGCCUUGGCUGUAGCAGCUAAGAAGAAGCUAGAGAUGGACCUGAAGGACAUAGAGAGUCACAUUGAAGGAGCCAACAAGGCCCGAGACGAAGCCAUUAAACAGCUGCGGAAGUUACAGGCUCAGAUGAAGGACUAUCAGAGGGAGCUGGAGGACACCCGGGCCUCCAGGGAUGAUAUUUUUGCCAUGUCUAAAGAGACUGAGAAGAAACUCAAGAGUCUGGAGGCUGAGAUCGUUCAGCUACACGAGGACCUCGCGGCCUCUGAGAGGGGUCGGCGUCACGCAGAGCAAGAACGAGACGAGCUGCAGGAUGAUAUCUCAAACAGCACCUCCGGAAAGGCUGCUCUGAUGGAUGAGAAGAGGCGACUUGAGGCUCGAAUAGCCCAGCUGGAGGAGGAGCUGGAGGAGGAGCAGGGCAACAUGGAGCUGCUCAACGACAGAUUCAGGAAGUCGACCAUGCAGGUGGACACCCUGACCACAGAAUUGAGCGCGGAGCGCAGCACUGCCCAGAAGAGUGAAAACGCUCGCCAGCAGUUGGAGCGUCAGAACAAGGAUCUGCGGGCCAAGCUGAGCGAGCUGGAGGGCUCUGUGAAGAACCGCUUCAAGGCCACCAUCACAGCUCUGGAGGCCAAAAUAGCCCAGCUGGAGGAACAGAUGGAGCAAGAGGCCAGGGAGCGAGCAGCAGCCAAUAAGAUAGUGAGAAGAACCGAGAAGAAGCUGAAAGAAGUCUGCAUGCAGGUGGAGGAUGAGCGUCGCCAUGCCGACCAGUUCAAAGAGCAAGUGGAGAAGGCGAACUCUCGUAUGAAGCAGCUGAAGCGGCAGCUCGAAGAGGCCGAGGAGGAGGCGACGAGGGCCAACGCCUUGCGCAGGAAGCUGCAGAGAGAGCUGGACGACGCCACCGAGGCCAGCGAGGGUCUGAGCCGCGAGGUUCACACGCUCAAGAACCGUCUCAGGCGCGGCGGCCCCGUCAGCUUCUCCUCCAGUCGCUCAGGCCGACGCCCGCUGCAGGUGGAGGGCACCUCUCUGGAGCUCCUGUCAGACGAUGAGCUGGAAAACAAGAUCACUGACAACAAUGCCAACGAGACCCCGGCUCCUCAGCCAGAGUAGAAGAAAAGGACCCGGAGGUCUUCCGUUUGCGCCGACCGACGUCAGCAGGGACCCACUUCUGCUCUGAUAAAAAAAAAUUACAGCAGCUCCUUUAUGAACAGACUCCCAUCUCCAAAUUACAUGCCACAUAAUCUAAGCCCGUAAUUAUUUCCCUUAUAUCCCUCAUCCUCAGCAGACACCAGCAGUUGGAGCUCCAACACUCAUUAUCGCCCAACUUCUCUGCCUUAACCCUCCUGUGUUGAGCUACAGAGCUGAUCAAAAGGCCUAAAAUCUUCAGCAACACCAACAAAUCCCUGUCACAAGUUAGAGACAUGUAACCCAGUGCCCGAGGGUGGUGAAUAUUCUGAGCUGGAGCUGCUUAAACACUUCCAAACGCUACAACGAUGAGACUGUGACUGGAACAAAAUGUUUAAAAAUGUUUCUGACUUUAUUCUGUCGUCCUGUCUGAGCAUCAGAUGAACCAGUUUAAUCAUGUACGCUGACAGUAAUGCUCCUGUUUCUAGGAUUGUUUGCUUUCAUAUGAAUAUAGAAAUGUGACUGUAAGCUGCCUUGUUGCCUCAGUGCUACACAACUUUACUUUUUUCAUUGUUUUCCUCAGAUGCUCGACAGUAGGUCAGGUUGACUUAUAAUUGUUCGGUGUGAGUGCUAACGGCAGCGACCGCGCUCAUGUUCUCCUGCUUUCUUCAUUUUCUCCUUUUGUGCCUUUUUCACUCAUUUGGAAACCAAUAU